GCUGGCAGGGCAGGGGUGCAUGGGGCAGGAACUGACCCCUUCUCCCUGUGCCUUACAGACAGACCAGCAGGCAGAGGCCCGUGCCUUCCUCAGCGAGGAGAUGAUCGCUGAGUUCAAAGCUGCCUUCGACAUGUUUGAUGCGGACGGUGGUGGGGACAUCAGCACCAAGGAGUUGGGCACGGUGAUGAGGAUGCUGGGCCAGAACCCCACCAAGGAAGAGCUGGAUGCCAUCAUCGAGGAGGUGGACGAGGACGGCAGCGGCACCAUCGACUUCGAGGAGUUCCUGGUGAUGAUGGUGCGCCAGAUGAAAGAGGACGCCAAGGGCAAGUCUGAGGAGGAGCUGGCCAACUGCUUCCGCAUCUUCGACAGGAACGCUGAUGGGUUCAUCGACAUCGAGGAGCUGGGUGAGAUUCUCAGGGCCACCGGGGAGCACGUCACCGAGGAGGAUAUAGAAGACCUCAUGAAGGAUUCAGACAAGAACAAUGAUGGCCGCAUUGACUUCGAUGAGUUCCUGAAGAUGAUGGAGGGCGUGCAGUAAGGGAUCAGACAUUCCUUGGGCCGGCUGCGGCAGCCAGCCCUGCUCCUCUGCCCAGGAGUGGCCCCGCUGCAGCACCU